UGUUCACUCUGCAGGCCUUUGGUGUCGUUUGACAGUAUGACAUUACAAUCGUAUUUACACCCCGGGAGAACAGAGCCUGCAGAUGAGAGACAGACAGCAGUGCUCGAAGAAGAUCGGUCACGAAUCAUUUGUAUUUAAAGCAGUUCGUUUUCAGAUUCUCUGCUACAGUCUCGUCUCCUGGUUGCCACAACUGAGGCGGUGCUUGGCAUCCAAGUCGAAGGUGGAGAGAAGCUGCCAGGACAGGAAUUUUAACUGCUUCUUGUCCUCCUCCUACAGGAACAUUUUUAAACCCCACGGUCGGCUUAUUAGGACGGACAUGGCCGACACUUUGAGGAGACUGACCCAUACAUCCUCUUUCAGCGUCCUGCAGGACAAACUUGAGAGCUGGCACAGAGACUACCAUAUUAUUUCCUGUGACAACAAUCUAAAUAGAUGCUGUGAGCUGAUUGAACUAACUGCAAAGAUCCAAGGCCAACUGUUUACCAUCCUUAACCACACAGCUGCAGAAGGUGGACACUAUGCUGGAGUGGACACUCUCAAAACUCGCCUGCUGCCGUGGCUUGGAACCUGUUUCUCAAUGGCAAGGCCCGUGGUCACUGAUGACACAAGUCUGCAGCUCAUCCAGGAUUCAGUGGAAAAGGACAGGAGGAUCAGGGAGCUCUCUGCCUCCCAUGACAGUGACAUACAGAGGAAGGACACCGAGCUGUGCUCCACUCGUCUGCAGUUGGACUCCAUGAGAGCAGAAUUGGUCGAUACUCAGAAGGAACUGGAUGUCACAAAGAGAGAGUCAGCAACUACUCUGCUGGCAACUGAAGAAGAAAUAUUGCAACUGAAAGCAGAUUUAAGAUCCGCACAUGAGCAAGUGGAGAGUUAUAAAAGGAAGAUGGAGGCUUUCAAUGAUUAUGAGCGGCAGAUUCGCUUGCUGAAAGGUGAAGUGUCCUACCUGAGCACCGACAAGGCCAUGCUGCAGGAGAGGUUGGUGAGAAGUCGUUCUCCGAGCCCCUUGCCGAGGCUCAGUCGCUCUUCCAGCCCGUUGAGGAGCGAGUCGCCCACCAGAGCGCAGCUCACCAACUCCUCCCGCUACGCACGCCUUAUAUCACGCUUCAAUGACCUGUAUGCUGUGGAGCGGCUGGAGGCCCAGGUCACUCUUCGACGCCACAUUGAUGACUUGGAGAUGGUCCAGAAAAUCAUCUUCAUUGCCGUCGUGGAAUCCUUUAAGACAGCAAAACUGGCCUACCGUCAGUUCAAGCUGCGCGUGAGAAAGACAUUGUCCCCGCACUUUGGGAUAGAGAGUCUGGAGGAUGCAGCAGUUGACUACAUCGUCAGAAACCUGGACCUCUACGACAUUCAGGCCAGCAUCAAUGAUGUGAUCAAUGCCAUGAAUGUGAACCCUCGGAUCUCUUUUCCGCCAGAGGUGGACUUUUUCCUCCUCAGUACCUUAAUCAGGGAGACGUGCAGGGUGGCGUUUACCAUGCAGACACUGGACCCCCCGCUUGAUAUGGCCUUUGCCAGUGAUGGAGAACUUUACAAUGACAGCAAGUAUCGCCGUAGCUAUGACUCGGAGUUAACUGCUCCUCUGGUGAUGUACCAUGUGUGGCCAGCCCUGUUGGAAGGAGAUGAUGUGGUAGUGAAGGGCGAAGCUGUGACAAGAAGGGGUGCUGUGUGGAGUAGAAGCAGGAGCACCAGCCCUGUGCGCUCUCGUUCACUCAGCCCAACUCGCAGUCUUGCAUUUCUUAAAAAAAGAAGCCUGUCUCCUGAACGUCUCAGAGCGAGCCACCUGUGAUCUCUGGCUUCUCUUCAACAAUAACUCACAACUGUACUUCACAUCAGUUAAAUAAACAUUAAAGUAUUAUUAUUUGUAUCUUCCACCCAAAGACUUCUCAGAGUUGACAUAUUGUAGGGCAUUAGAUGGGACUAUGACAGGUACUUGAGGUCAGUAGAUUAUAGAUAAAGCAAAAGCAGUGGGGCAGCUUACUAAACAUUUGUCUUAAUUUACUAUAUUUACUCAGAGAUAGAUAAUACUAACAGUUUUUUAGUGAUAGUUAGAAACUAAAGUGCAUUUUUCAGGGGGAAACUAGUCCUGCACAGAAGCACUUUCUUAGUCUUGCAGAUGCUGAUAAAAACAUAUUCAACAUUUACUCCUCUCUUUGCGUUUGACCAAAAGUCUUAGCAAAAUCCUUUAGGUGUAUUGAAGGAUAUAAGGUGCUUAUGACCGGUGCUAGCUCCUUCAGUACUUGAGUGACAGAUGUUGGUUAUUUGGAUUUUUUUUUGUCAAUUGUUACAGUGUUUUUUUACUUCUUAUUUUCCUCUUUUGGUGCCGUUUUGUAUUCUGGACUUUUGUUUGAAAUAAACGAAAAGUAAAAUCGUACGUUUAUGACAGGAAUAACUGGAUAUGUAUUUAAGUUGAAAAUGUUUAGUUAGUUAUUCUGUACAAGAAUAGGACUUAAAAAUCACAUGUAUUCUUUAUCAUUUACAACUUUUUAGCUCUUUAUUGACUUUUUAAACAAAUGUAGUUGAAAUAUAAAUACAAUUGAAUGAAUAUGUGGAUUUCCCUAUGAUUGAUUUGAGCUGUUUGAUGACUAUGUGUAUAGA